AUGUCAUUUUCGUCAGGGCUAUAUUACGAUGUUUUUCGAUUAUCGAUAUUUGGGGUUCCGACAGUCACUCCAGUCCAUAGGACCCUGCAGGAUGUCUGCGAAGGAACAGGUACAGGUUCCCCUCCCCCUAAGUGGGGCUCGUACUGUAUGCCCUCUACUAGAAAUAUACUCGUAAAUAUAUUGACAGCAAGCAACCGAACUGCCACUACCUUCUUCUGCGGUAAGGCCAGGAGAGAAAGCCGUCGUACCACCCUAGUCAAGAUUGAUUGCAUCAUGACAACCGCAAGGCUGAUCCUGCAAUCGUGUCCCAAUGAUAAUCUCCAAGGGAACGAAGAUCAAGAGAAGCUUUUCCCGCGCUGGGUCCCUACAGCUGAGGUCAUUCUUGAGCAGACUAAGAGGGGAAACACCCUGGCUGGUGGGUCACGGGCUGGGGUUUGCACUACAGAGUGCGUACACCCUGUUGAACACCUCAGAGUAGAAGUACGUGCUUCUAGAAAAGGACAUGAUUUGAUCACUCGUGGUGCUGACCAGCCACAAGCAAAUGCCGCAACCACUUUAGGCGAGGCUAAAAUUGCGGAUGGCUACUCUGCAAUGUCCGCAGCAGAGGAAGGACCCUUGCUAAUUAAUUGCUUUGCUCGGAUAGCAGGGGGUAUAUGCUUCCGGAACUAUUCUUAUCUUUAUAGGCUUGGUCUGAGCUGCGACUUGGAGAUCCAUUCCAAUCACUGCAGGCAAUUUUGGACAUUUAUGGCAUCCCGUGAAGCUUCCCGCCAAGAUCAUCUGAUGCCGUGUGGCACGGCGGGCCUGUGGCAGUGCGCCAGUGGAUUAUUGACUCCCGGACCAUUCCUCUUUCUGACUGUCGCCUUGCAUUCUUCCGUCCACAAGGGACAAGGGACACGACGACGCCUUUCCCUCCCCAUCCAUCCAUCCAAUCGUACCAUGAUAUACCCUCGCUCGAGGACUAAUACUUUCGCAUUACGAGGUGGGAUAAACUGGGAUAAUCCACCAGGCCACCCAUGGGUUGCUCGGAUGGCUGACUGA